AUGGCCAAAAAGUUCCCACUCAUCUCUUUUUCCCUGAAAGCCAUAGUACUCCACCUCUCCCUCUUUGGCAUCACCAUAAGGUAUGCCAAAACAGAUAAAGUCCUCACUCUCUACAUGCAUGACAUCCUAGGUGGAUCAACCCCUUCAGAAAGAAUCGUAACUGGCAUCAUAGUGAACACUCAAAACAGUAACCUUCCUUUCUCAAAACCCAAUAAUGGGGUCUUCCCCAUCAAAGGUGGCAUACCAUUUGUUGAUACUAGCAUUACCACUAAUCCUGAACCAAGUUCCAUGGUGGUCAGAAACAUUGACAAAAACAAGGUGGUUAUUGAUAGGAGGAACUCACUUCCAUAUGUCACACCGAAUCAAAUCCCACUAGGAGCAACACUAGAGAAGCUUUUGUUUGGAAGAAUAACAGUCAUUGAUGAUGAAAUUACAGAAGGACAUGAAUUGGGGUCAGUGGUUAUUGGCAAAGCACAGGGAUUUCAUUUGGCUAGUUCAUUGGAUGGAAGCAGCAAAACCAUGGCAUUUUCAGCUUUGUUUAAUAAUGAAGGUCAUGAGGAGGAUGCUAUUAAUUUCUUUGGAGUACACAGGACGGCUACACUUGAGUCUUAUAUUGCUGUAGUUGGAGGAACUGGAGAAUAUGACAAUGCAAAAGGGUAUGCGAAAAUUGAGACGCUCCAUUUACCUGAUCAACACAUGAAUAAUGGGGUGGAAACACUUCUUCAGAUUACUGUCUACCUAAGCUAG